AUGGACCAGCCUGCAUCUACCUUGCAUACCAAACCGUUGGCCGCGAUUGUCUUGAGUGGGCUGGCGUUGGUGGUCAUAGGCAUGGCCUUGUACUGGCACCGGCGUCGCGUCCUCGACUUCUUGUCCAGUUGCCGUCAAUAUGCACGACACGCCACCAAGCCAACGAUGAAAUACCGCGCGUUCUUGGACGACAGCCACGUCGUGGAUGAAUGGCUGUGCUGGGUAUGCUACCACAAGAACCAGCACCAGAACUCAACCUGUGCCAUGUGUCGAUACGAGUUUGAUCCAGCGAGCUACUCGGCCAACCUGUCGCCCACCGCGCUCCACCGUCGUUCGCAGGAGUCGACCAUCAGCGCUUCGCAGCAGCGCAUUCGAAAUCGCCACCUCUGGAAACGUGCGCCUGUAUCGCCAAACUCGAGUGCAUGCAUGAUGGUGCACUGGGUACAUACGCCUGUCCUGGACAUAUCAAACCUCCUGCAAGGCAAGUUACCGGACGGUGCAGCGCUCUCAAUCGUCUUGGAUGGACCGUACAAUGAAGCCACCAGUGCCUUGAUGGACACGCCAGCCCAGGAUUCUCCUGUGGCAUAUCUUCGCGUCGUUCAACACGACACGUCCACGUGGGUUCGCGCUGACACUGUGCGCUGGCCAUCGUCCAUCUACACCGAUGCAGACGUGUCUUGGGAUAUCAUUCAGGCGGUCGCGACGGAACCGUUCUCGGCCAAAUUGUCGUGGUUCCACCAACUUUUGCACGCGGGGAGCCGCGAUCACGCGACGGGGUACUCGCUCGUGAGUGUGCACCGCGAUGAGGUGGUGGACAGCUCCAUGAAGCAGCUGCUGGCGAUCCCGCCGUCGUCGAUGCGCCAACGGCUCAAAGUCGAGUUCCACAACGAACCGGGCGUGGAUGCUGGCGGCGGCGUCCUCCGCGAGUGGUUUGGGCUGGUCAGUCGUUGCCUGUUUUCCCAGUGGUUUCAGCCCACACACACGCCCGACGUCGCGUACUGGUUCAAGGCUGGAACUAGUAUUCCUAGGGACCAAUCGCCCGAGAUGUUUGUGUUUGCAGGUCGCGUGGUCGCCAAGGCCAUCCAGGAAGGCCAGUGCUUGUCGGUACAUUUGGCCAUUCCGUUAUGGAAACAUGUGCUGGGGAUGCCCAUGACGUGGCACGAUCUCGUGCAUGUUGACGCCGACCUGCAUCAAAGUAUCGCGUGGAUGUUGACCCACGACAACCCGCUCGAGGACUUGGCUCUGGACUUUACCAUGCACGGGGUUCCAUUGAUGGCCGGGGGCGCGGACGUGGCCGUAACCGACGCCAACAAGUUCGAAUACGUGGACAAGUUGGUUGGGUACUUGUUGUUCGAGGCGGUGCAUACGUCGUUGGAGGCGUUCUUGCAAGGGUUUUACGAUGUCUUGUCGCCGCCCGUGUUGCACGCAUUUGAUGCGUUCGAAAUGGAUUUGGUGUUGUGUGGACACGACGACAUCAACGCCACCGACUGGCACGUACACACGACGGUCGAGUACCUCAAGGCGACCCCGGCGUCGUCUCUUCCGAUCCUGCGACGACCAAAGCGCGACCACCACCACCAGCAGCAGGACGUAAUCGACUGGUUCUGGCGCAUCGUACACUCGUUUUCCCAAGUACAAAAGGCCAAACUGUUGCAGUUUGUCACGGGCUCGUCCCGACCACCCAUUGAAGGGUUUCGGGCUCUUACCAGCAGCAACGGCCAAGUGUGUCCCUUCACCAUCGCGCUGUCGGCGGCCACGAGCAAGUUUCCAGUUGCGAUGACGUGCUUCAAUCGGAUUUACUUGCCCCUGUACAAAUCCCAAGCAGAAAUGCAAGAGUAUUUGACCAUGGUUACAGAAAUGGAUGUGACGGGGUUCACGAUGCCAUGA